AUGCCGAGAGGAAGUCGACCAAAACCAUCGAAUAAAUUCAUUUCUGAUGAAAUUUUAAAAGAAAUUAAAUCAUAUCGUCCAUUAUGUUUAUUUAUUAAUAAACAAAAGAAAAAAGGAAGUACAGAUAAUCCGUUUACUUUACGAGUAAAGUUUUGUAAAUUAUCAAGCGAUAAACAAGCGAGAUUUUUACAAAAAUCCGUCGAUAAAUAUAUUGAAUUACUUGAUGAAAAAGAUGUAGAUGAACGUGUACAAAUCGAAUGUAAAUUAUUCGAUUAUUUAUUAAUGAAAGGCGAACAGAAGAAAUAUUUUCAAUCGAUUAAUGCACCAGCAAAACCACCCGGAACAACUGUACCUUUUUAUACUCAAGCUGUUAAAGACGAACAUGAUGAUGAAACAUCUUGGAGUUCAUUGAGUACAGCUGAACAACAAAGUUAUAAAAAGAGAAGAAAAGAAGCUAAAUAUGAAUAUUCAGCACAAGUAAGAAAUUUUGCUAAUGAUUUACCCGAACGUCUCCGCACAGACUAUUUACUUUAUGCUGAACAAUUACCAUAUAAAGCUCAAGUAAAUAAUACACCAUUGUCCACUGGUUAUGAUAAUACGAAUGUUGAAAAUUUAAUUCGUCAACGUCGUAAAUCAUUAACAGCAUUACCUGAUAGUUUACAAACAACAACAGGUGAUGAUUAUCAUCCAAAAUUAACAAAAAAACAACUUACUAUAUUACAUAAAUGUAUGCCAAAUGCACUUUAUUAUGAAACUGCUAUAUCAAAUGAUGAAAAACCAGCAUUUACAAAAGCCAUGACAAAAAAUGCUUAUAUGAGAACAUUAUUUAAUCAAUUAAAUGAUGAAGAACGAUUAACAUAUAUAUUAAAAUCAAUAAAAAAAUGGAAUGAAUUUCUUCAUUUCAAUCCAAAUGUUAUUGAAAAUUUAAUUCCAACAUUACAUUUAUUAUUAGCUAAAAAUGAAGAUAUUAUUUUAUAUUUUCAAUCAAUGGGUUUACCGCCACGACCACCAAUAAAUAGUUAUCUUUUUUUUAAUCAUGAAAAAGAAGAAAUAGGUUCUCGACAAUCUUGGUCAGAUUUAUCUUCGAUACAAAAAACUGAAUAUGCUCAACAAUUAGCUGAAAUUAAAAAUGAAUAUUAUCAAAAACUUGUUGAAUUUGUUGAUCAAAUUUUAGCAUCAGAUUAUAUGAGAUAUGAAUUUUUUCGUAAUGUUAAAUAUGCAGUUAAAGAUUAUGAAUUAGCAGCUAAAUGUGAAAUAACAGAUAAAAAUACUGGACAACUUAAACUUAUUGAAUAUUAUAUGCUUAAAAAUGAAAUGACAAAUAAUUUGAAUCAAUUCAAUCAAAUAAGAGAAAAAUUAUUAUCAACACAAUUAACGAAUGAACAAAAGAAUCUUGUUGAAGAUCUUUCACAAUUAUUGUAUAAAUAUAUUACGUGA